AGAAAAGGAGGCGGUUCUACAGUGGCAGCAGCCAUGGCGUCCGCAGCAGGUUCCAGAGCAGUGGCCGCUGCUAAAGUCGUUAAACCUAUCAUUAGCCAUGAAAUGGGUGAAGCGAAGAGCAGGGUCCGGGAGCUUUACCGAGCCUGGUACCGAGAGGUUCCGAACACAGUUUUGCUGUACCGGCUGGAUAUAAGCGUAUCUCAGGGCCGAGAAAAACUGAGGGAGCUGUUCUACAAAAACAAGCAUCUGACUGACAUCCGUGUGAUUGACAUGCUGGUCAUUAAGGGUAGAAUGGAACUGGAGGAAACGAUCAAGGGCUGGAAACAGAAUACUCACAUUAUGCGUUAUUUUAACGAAUCCGUGCAACCUCGUCCCACAGACUUCCUGUCCAAAUUCUACAGCGGUCAUGACCCAUGAACUUUGCGGCUCCUUUUUCGUUAUGUCCAGUUUAACAGAUGUUUCCCUCUGCUGUAAAUACACACCUAACACUCA